AUGGAGAACAAAAUCCUUGAUUUAAUAAAGAACAGAAAAGGUGCUCGUAACGAGAGCAGCCUGAGCGAUUUUAUCAAAGGAAUAAAAAAGGAUAUGAGCGGAACAGGAGAUGAAAAGGUUAACAGUUGCAGACACGGCGAUGCCGAGCCGAAGAACGAGAUUUUGAAUUUAGAUGUCGACCCUCUGUACUGCGCGUUUGAUUCGAAGAAGGAGAAUUUGCCUGAUCUCAUGAUUUACAAGUAUUACGUGGAUUUGGCACGUCUUAAGAACUUCCAGAUCAAAAGCAAAGACAACAUCGUGGUGUACAUUAACAAUGAUGUGGUGUAUUUGUGUGAAAGGGAUGGAAAGGGUAUGCAGAUUGACACGGAUACUCUUCUGAAGAACUACAAAUCGUUGGUUGAUCGGAAUGAUGAGCCGGACGAGACAGAUGGUGACGAGGAGCAUGGAAGCGGUGCACCGGAGGGACUUGCGAGAAAGGAUGUCUCGCUGUACGAUGUGAAUCAAAACUACCUCGUGUUACGGAUAGGCAACGACUUUGUGUUUUACGAGAUUGUACGCGGCGAUGAUCUGGUUAUUAAGGAAGGCUUCGUGCUGCCAAACGCAAAGCAAGUCGUGCUGUUUGAUGACCACUUCAUAUACGUGGACGAUCGUGUGAUGGAGAGAAAGCUUGGUGAUGGCGAGGAGCGCGUAAUACUAGACGAGAACGUGGAAAAGAUAUUUAUCGUUGAAGACAUUGUGUAUUACAAGAUAAAAAGCAAGAUCUACAAUAAGAUGAACAGCAAAAUGCUAGAAGGAAGCACCCUGAUAGGUGUGGACAGUAGCAUUCUCCUUAAAAAUGACGAAUGGUACAUCCUGCUGGACAGCGAUUACACGGUACAAGACAAGAUGACAAUCGGUGAUAACGCGUUUGUGCUCGACAAUUUGAUCGGUAUUUUGAGAGGAAACGUGAUUAACUGGCUGUGUGUAGAGAACAACAAAUUUAAGGUGUAUGGCAGCACAAGCAUAGGAAGUAAUAUUACCGUGAGUGGUGAUAAGAAAGAAAAUGAACUGUUUUUGUAUGUUAUUAGGGAGGGAUCUGCUAUUGAGGGUGUGAGCAAUGCCAACAGCACAGCAAGUCCUGAUGCCACGGAUGCAAGAAGUGAGGGAAAAAGUGUAAAUCGCAGAGUGGGCAAGAAGGUAAGUCCUAAAAGUACGGUCAGCUCGCUUGCUGGUGAUAAAAGCGGUGCAUCACAAAAAAACAUGAGCAGGGUGUUCGAUGUGUUUGAUGGAGCUCCGAAGGCCCAGUUAUACAACAGAAAAGCGAAGUACCCUAUGAAAAAGGAAACGAGUGAUCAAAAUGACACGCAAAGCGAGACGGAUGUUGAGGACAAAUUUGAGAGGAUAAGCAUCAAUGAGAGCAAGCUUGACGUAUUGGAUGGAACGGCAGACAUGUAUUCCAAGGUGGAGACGCUCAUCGAGAAGAUGUUUGCGAGAUUUGACAGCGAAAUGAAGAAACGUGAGAACAACUUUAAGAAGAAGCAGGCGGCGCUUCUCACAGGGAUAAGCGAGCAGAUGAACAAAUGUUUUAACAAUCUCGCGGAAAAAUUAACACGCACAGACAAAGGCACGGUGGGGAGGAAGGAGAUGGUCUCUGAGUUUAGGAAGAUGUUCAACGAUCUGCUUAUACCGUGUGUGGAGGCAGGUAUUGAGGAAAUGCGCCUUCAGGUCGUUGGUGAGGUGCGUCGGAUGAGCAAAGAUGAGAAUAAGAUUAAAAGUUUGCUAAGCAAUGGGAAGGUUAAGGAGGCAUGUGUGUGUGCGCUGGAAGGAAAUGAUGACGAUUUUGACGUGUUUGUCAGCUCGGUUGACAGCGAUUCGCUGAAGCAGCUCAGCACAGGUCUUUGUGUGUCUUUGGUUGAUAGGUGCUCGUUCAUGUUAGACAAUGGAGACGAAAAGAAAAUUGAGAUCAUAAAAAAGAUACUUGGAAUAAUUGACGCUCAUGAAUUUGAAGAAAACGAUUUCACGGUGUUUAAACGUGUACUUAAAAGGCUUGAUAGCUUAGGAAAUGAUGAUAAACUUUUGGGCUUGCUUGUGGAGACGCAGAAACACCUCUUUGGAAAGGCCGUGGUUAAGAAGCAAAUGAAAUCUUCCUAAUUAAAUAACUGGCAUA